CCCCUCUCGCUUCCCUCGCGCAGAGGGAAAGGUUACCAGCGUCCUGGAGCCACCUUGUCACUCCCCGACAGCCAUGAACUGCAGCGAGAGCCAGUGGCUGCGCGCCCUUCUGAGCCGCCUGCUGCUCGAGCUGUACCACAGGGGUAAUGCCAGCGACCUGGGCGCCGGGCCGGGCCAGAGCCUGAGCAUGGGGGUCGUGCCUGACCCAUUCGUAAGGCGCGAGGCGUCCAACGCCAAGGGCGAGGACGCCUAUCUCUACAUCCUGCUCAUCAUGAUCUUUUACGCCUGCCUAGCGGGAGGCCUCAUCCUGGCCUACACCCGCUCCCGCAAACUCGUCGAGGCCAAGAAGGAGCCGGCUCCGGCCUGCUCCGAACACGAGCGGGGCUCUGGAGCCGCCACCGACGCCGAGACUGCUGCCCUAGCUCAGGGCCGCUGCCAGUUCAGCCCCAGCGGCCUUUCUGCCCUCGUUCAGGGCACUGAGGGCGUCUAG